CGGUGCGUGACGCCGGACGGAAGCCGGCGGAGGCCCCUCACCGCGAGAACGCCGCCGUUGCCGCGCGACGGAGCGCUUCCUUAGUUACCCCGGCGGAGAGGCGGAGGCGGCCGCAGGGAGCAUGAAGCCGCCUCGGUGUCUGUGUGAGAUUUGUACUUGCGGGCGCCAUCGCUGCCCUCAUAAACCCACAAGGAUUUAUGAUAAUGGACAACAGCCGUGCCUCACAACAGAGUAUGUGGAAAAAUAUCCCAAGUAUAGCAACAUCUCUCCUCCCCGGAGCCUUAAGCCGAAACAAGAGUACCAAGUGCAUCGUGGGAAAAUGGAAGGAAUUACAACAUUUAAAUCUGAUUAUUUACCGUAUGAUAUUGUGAAGCGACCUUUUCGGGUACAAGAAGAACAUAAACCAAAGACGGGAAAGAUAGAACUGCGAACCACAUACCACGAAGAUUAUAAUGCUCAUAAAAUACAACCAGUGACAUUAGUAAGACCUCUAGAGAGAAAACACACUACAGGAGGAAAAUUUGAUACCAUACCAACCUAUCAAGAUGACUAUAGGUCAUGGGAAGUUCAAAGAAGGGAAACUAGUAAGGGGGAGCAUAUAUACCAUCCACCUACAGUGAAGUUUGGAAAUUCUACUACGUUUCAAGAUGAUUUUGUUCCUAGAGAACUGAAUCCCAGACAAAGUUUUAAACCUCCUUGUGUAGCCAAGUUUUCAGACGUGCCUUUCGAUAGUACUACUAGCCAUCGCACUUCUUACGUUGCUCAUCAACUGGAACCAAAAUUCAUAAGAUCGACAGAAGAGUACAAGCCAAGCAACCAACCCUUUGAAGAUCUCACAACCCACCGGAAUGAUUUUAAAGGGCUACCUGGGCAACUUGCAAAAAGCUGCAAGCCUGAAAAUGCAAAAGUUGGAUCCAAUAUUCAUUUUAAUGGAGUCACUGAAUUCCAGGAUCGUUUUCAGCCAUGGUUGGUCUCCUUGCCUGAGGUCCGCAAAACAAGAGAGUACAUUCCACCCACAGGCAACAUGGAUUUUAACUCCAUAAGCCAUCUUGAUUAUGUUAAGCAUGAGAUUUCUCCUGCUGUCCCCAUAAGACCAGUUUCUAAUGGAAGAAGAACCAAUGCCCCUUUUCAAGGGAAUACUACUACGAGGGAAGACUUUAAAGCUUGGGGCAGCUGUCGGCAAGAGAUUACUAAGAAACAACAGGAAAUUCCAAAACCCACAGGAAAAUUUUAUGAUUUAACUACCUUCAAAUCUCAUUACAUACCACAUCAGAUCAUUCCAGCUCAAAGUUUCAAACCUGUACGUGCUGUAGUUCCUAAUUCAGCUCCUUUUCAAGAUGAAACUAUGUAUCGCACAGAAUAUACUCCAAAGAAACAAGAGAUUUGCCCAGCAAAUUAUCCAUCUCCUCCAGGUUAUGUCUAUGUAAACACAGAUUCCCAUGGUCACAAAUUCUUCCGCCAGUUUACUCCAGAAUUUUCUGAGUCAAAUAGUAAUCCUAUUCCAAAGGAAGUGGCUGUUGUGUCAUAAUACUUAAAUGCAGUAUUUCAAGCACCCUGGUGAAAUAAUUGGAAUCCUACUUGCUCAUUUUUUCUUUAAAUAAUACUGAAAGCAAAUUAAAUAAUGCAAAUUCUGAUUUUAAAAGCAUUUAAACUAAUAGCUGGAAGAAAAUCAAAGCAAAACCAGAAGUUUAUUACAAAACUAAUGAUUUGCCAAUUUUUGUAGAAAUAAUGCAUCUUACAUGGAAUCUAUUCUUUUUUUAUCAUGCAUUCUCCAUCUCAAGCAUAUGUAUUGUACAUUUAAUUCUUUCAGAUUUUCUGCAAAUCAAAUGAUUGUGAAAUAGCAAGUAUCUUUUGAUAACAUUUUUCAUAGUAAGCAAAUAAUGUUAUAGUGAUCUAAAUAAUUAGCUCAUCAGUCUAGUUUUUCAUCUCAUCAAUACUUUCAGUAAUCUGAUAAGAUUUUUUUUCUUUACACUUUGCUGCCCAAAUAGCAUCCCAUGACAUCUAGACAUUUCUAAAAAACUGGUUUUAGCUUUAGUCAUCAUUACUUUUCCUUCAUUCAGUUCUGAGGAGAGUAUAAAGGUCACACUGUAAUUUCUGAUAGCAAUUAACAAGAAGAAACCAUGCUUUUCUUCUGUACACAUACUUGAAAUCACUCAGACAUAAAAAGCAGGUCAUUAGACUCUGUUUCCUAGUUUUUCUGAUAGUGCUUUUUCAGCCUUACUUCCAAGGGAAACAACGCUGAUGCAAAGAUUUGUACACAUUGACACACUAAGUGUGUGUCCUCCCCACCUCAAUAAUUUUUAAACCCAGUGUGCAAAUUCAAUCAAAUUUCACAAAGCGAUUUCACAGAUGAUUGUUUUUCGAGUUUCUAAGGUAGAUGGUGAGGUAGCAGAGAGCAGCAGGCUCAAAAAGUUAACAUCCAUCCACCACAGAUUUUGAUCCUAUCUGAUUUUUAAAGCUAAACGGUCUGUUAUCACUGCCAAAGUUCACUGCAGAGGCAGUCUGAAGGGGAAAAUGGCAGAAAACUAUAAAGGUGUAUGUAGAGAUAACAGAAAAUAGUGUAAACUCAGUUAAAAAACGAAAUACCAGCCAAGAUGCAGAAAUUGCUAGACAGCCUGGCUUCAGUCUGCUCUUCAAAGAAUUACUUGUUAAAAAUACACAGAAAACAAAACUUUUAUAGAAAUUAUACAUGCAAUGAUUAUGCUUCUGUAUGAGAUAUUUACUAUUUCCUCUAUGUAUCCUUACCUGAUUUUGGGAAAUCUAGAUGAACUGGUUUCAGUCCUAUUAUGUUCAUGAUUUAAACAAGUCCCAAUAAACAGUUUUAUGAUUAACAGUAUUAUCAUGUUCUAUCACAGUACUGCAGUAUGAUUUUUUCCACUAUGGCAUAUCUUGUAUGCAUUGGUUUGGGGCAGUCCUUUGGGUUCUGAAGAAUUAUGUGCUUGUACUUCAUAAAUCAUCAAUAAAAGGACUAAGAUCAAUGAUGGAAACAUGUUGAAAGCAAGAACUGGAUCAUAUGCAAGGAACAAAGCUGAACUGAAGAUAUUAGCUGUGCAUAAAAGCAUUGCAUGAGAGAGCUCCAGACAUUACUACAGCAUCAGUUACUUUUAGGUAAUUUUUGUCUUUGUACUGUUUUUGUAAUAUGACUUACUCUGUUAAUGAAACAACAAUUCAAUUCAACUUUUCUCUCUGAAGAUUAUUCAUGUCCCCAGGUGGCAAAGACAUGUGAUGGAUUGGGCAUGAACAAGGGCAAUGUAAAGAUGUGAUAUCCUAAAAGCACAACAGGAAACAGUCCAAUUCAUUGUCAUCCUUCUGUACCACAGAAGGAAACAAACUACACACACCCUUUUCUUUAUGAAACUUGAGUCAUUCUUUGGCCAUAACUGAGGAAACAAAGUCAAAUCUUCACACAGUACACCUACCCAAGUCCAUAUCCUAUACAUAAUCUUGGUGCCUCAUGAGAAGUUUUCAGAAUCUUCUAAUAUCCUCCAGGUCUCUUUUCUAGAGAGGAAGAAAACUCACUUGAGAAAUGCAAUCUGAAUCCAUGAAGUUACGUCUGCCUGCGUGUUCUGCUGAAAAUGGCUCCUCCUCUGGGUCUGUGAGCAAGCCCAGAUGCUUUUUGUAAUUUUCACAGCUGUGUUUUUAGUUCUUAAGUCACUUUUUCCCCCCUGUUAAGUUAUGGAAAGUCAUUUGCUGCCACCUACCAGCGCAGUACAAACAUUUUUGAGAGGAAGUGGAGGGUAUAUUCAGACACAUUUAACAGUUCCUCUGUAGAUGUGUUUGAAGAGUUUUUUAGGGGGGAGGGGGCAUAUUCCCUUUCAUUUUGCCCUUGAUGUUUUUGCCUAAGUUUAACAGAGAAAGAGAGAAGCCUUUAUUACAUUACAGUUGAGAGUGCCACACCCUACUGAUUGUGCUUCCUGGAAAAGCAUCAAAUGAUAUUAUAAACCUUCAGACAGUAUUCAAUACUUGAGGUCAACUUUUUCAUAAGCAGCAUAUUAUUGAAAUGCAGACAAAAUGAACAUCAGGCUGGAAAACUAAUAUUUCUCAAAAUAAGACCUGUUAAAAAAGCAUUGUAUGAUGUCACGCUAAACCAAGAUGUAAAAGCGGAAAAGUUACUCAUGGAUUCAAUUGCUGUUCUAAAAGUGCUUUUUGUGCACUGUGCUAUACAGAAUCUUUUUUUUUUUUUUUAAAGACUGCACAGAAAGAAUCCAUUGGUGACACAAAAGGAAAAUUAAAUAGACCCAUGCGUCCUUGCCAAUGUUAUCAUCUAGGAUAACUCUGAAACACCACCAUUUCAUUGCUAGACAUUUCUUUUCAAUUAAAUAAAAUUUAAAGCUUUUCUUGUUCAUAUUAUUUGAGACUCUUCUUUCUAAAGCCUAUUACACAUACUGGAUAUUUUGAAACAAGUUUUUUUCACGUAGCUAUUUGCAUCACCUAUUAGAGCUGUUCUAAUAGGUCUAAAAGAACUCUGCUUGGUGCAGUACAUGAAGACCUGGCAAAGAAAUGUAACUUUAUUCCACCUUUUUACAGAAUCCUGAAUCUAGAUUUCAAUGAGUCAGAGCUGGUUUAUUUGGAUUUUGGCAAAUUCUCUUCCCCACUUUUUCAGUCAGUUUACAUCUAUGUAGCCUCUUAACAGCAGUGCAAAGCAGACUAAUGAAGCUGAGAAUCUGUCUGAUAAGCUGUCAAAAAUAAGAACUAAUCUUAGCUUUGAAAAAAA